AACACCAUGCAAUUUGAUUCCAAUACGUCGCUGGAUGCGUGAACAUUACACAAAGUUGACAAGGAACAGAGCAAGAUGCAAUCAUUGUAAUGAUAAAUUUAAUAUACAUAUACCCCACUUACAUAUUUUACAUAAGCACUUAGUAGAGGCACAUCCGGAGAAAUUAACAGAAGGAGAGGAGAAUGAAGUGAAAUUCCAUUGGAUUUGGGACUAUUAUAUCGCAAAAAGCAAUACAGAAGCAACAUGUAAACUAUGUAAAGUAAUAGUUAGAUGCAAGAAUACAUAUAGUUUAAAUCACCAUUUAAAAAGAAAUCACGAGAUAUCAGGUCCAACUUCAGAUAACGUAAUAGAUAACGAAAACAAUUCAGAUGGUGACAUGGAUGCAAACAAAGAUGUAGAAGGUGCAGACGGAACAGAAGCAAUUAACGAGGGAACACCAUACGAUUUGAUUCCAAUACGUCGCUGGAUGCGUGAACAUUACACAAAGUUGACAAGGAACAGAGCAAGAUGCAAUCAUUGCAAUGAAAGAUUUAUUAUACAUGAAAAACACAAACGUAGUUUACAUAAGCACUUGACAGAGGCACAUCCAGACCAAUUAACAGAAGAAGAGAAGAAUGAAGUGAAAUUCGAUUGGACUUGGGACUAUUAUAUGGCAAAAAGCAAUACAGAAGCAACAUGUGGACUAUGUAAAGUAACAGUUAGAUACACUUUUGUAUCUGAUUUAAAAUAUCAUUUAAAAAGGAAUCACGAGAUAUCGGGUCCAACUUCAGAUAACGUAAUAGAUAACGAAAACAGUUCAAAUGAUGACAUGGACGCAAACAGGGAUAUAACUCUAAGAAAAGCAAAACGUCAAGAAGACUCAUCUAAUUCAAUAAACUUAUCGGACAAUUUGUACGAAUCUGCAGAAGGAACAGAAGGAAUUAACAA